AGGUAUAUGGAAAGUUUAUUGUGUCAGACCAUGAAUUCCGAUUGAACCAUACGAAGUGUUGUAUUCUCUCUCUCUCUCUCUCUCUCUCUCCCAUUGUACCACUUCAUCGGAUCCUUCCUUAUCAUAAUUCCUUAUAUUCCCGCUAUGAUUUGUUCGCCUUACGAAGCUAUCCAAAAUCAAUUUCCACUACCGCUCUCUUGGCGCUUCGUCAUACCUGACCUAUCAGGUAUCACCAAUUGAUAGCUGGUCAAAAUUCACGUGUUCUUGGUGGGGUUAGUCGAAUCUUCGGAUCAGGUCCGAUCGAUACCUCCGCUCAAGCUCCGAUUGUUUCUGUGCUUUGUACUUUUCGAGUCAGGAAUUAUUAUCGAAAUUCGACAUUGAUCUGGGCCGCCUUCGCCUUGAGUUUGUCUUGUAUACGAUCCAUCCCCUUUUUUUAUUUUACCUAUUCUGAGUGAUGGCUUCACCAAAAUAUCUUACCGGCGAUCAAUCUGCCAUAAAUGAAUUUAUCGAUCAAUUUGAUGUUUUCUUAUUUGAUUGUGAUGGUGUUCUUUGGUCUGGAGAUCAUAUCUUUCCAGGGACGGUCGAGACUUUGGAAUUGUUGAGAUCAAAAGGCAAAAAGCUUGUCUUUGUAACAAACAAUUCCACAAAAUCGAGAACCGAAUAUCAAAAGAAGCUUACAGCUCUCGGCAUACCAAGCAAUGUUGAUGAAAUCUUUGGUUCAGCCUAUUCUUCCGCAAUCUACAUCUCUCGAAUUCUCAAACUCCCAACACCCAAGAAUAAAGUCUUUGUUUUAGGUGAAAGUGGCAUCGAAACAGAAUUGAAAACAGAAGGAGUAGAAUUCAUUGGAGGUACAGAUCCAGCUUAUCGUCGCGACAUUACACCAGAAGAUUAUACAGGAAUAGCAGAUGGCUCAUUACUUGAUGAUGAUGUUGGUGUAGUUUUGGCUGGCUUAGAUUUUCACAUCAAUUAUCUCAAGUUAUGUCAUGCUUACCAUUACCUUCGUCGAGGUGCAGUAUUCUUGGCUACAAACACUGAUAGUACUUUACCAUCAAACCAUACAUUCUUUCCUGGAGCGGGAUCUAUUUCAAUUCCAUUAAUCAAUAUGAUAGGAAAAGAGCCAACAGCUUUAGGUAAACCAAAUCAAGCAAUGAUGGAUUCUAUUGAGGGGAAAUUUCAAUUCGAUCGAAAGAAGACAUGUAUGGUUGGAGAUCGAUUAAAUACAGAUAUAAAGUUUGGUAUUGAAGGGAAACUUGGUGGUACAUUAGCCGUCUUAACGGGAGUAUCUAGGAAAGAAGAAUGGGAGACUGAAAAUGCUCCUGUAGUACCUGCGUACUAUGUUGAUAAAUUGAGUGAUUUGAGGGGUUGAGAUAGGGACAAUUGUGGAGUGAUGGAGUGAUGGAGGGGUAAAUGAUAUGCAAUAUUAUGAUCAGUCCCUCACGGAUCUUACGGAGUAGAAUAGAAGAUCAAUAGAACCCAUGAAAUAAGGCAGAUGGAUAGUUGAAUGAUUGGAAGAGAGGAAAUCGGUGUUAAAGAGAGGAGUUCGGAUAAAGUGACUAGUUAGGGAAGCACGUGUGAUGUCGUGGUAAAUCUAGCCCUUCUCCCCUCUCUUAAACGAUGGAAAUAGAAUCAUUACCGAGCGAUGGCGAACAAGUACCUGUAUGGGUGGUAUUGAUCGACAGGCUUUGCUUUUCUUGUGACUACCAGGUUUGAAAUGUUUAUCGAAUGUUUAUCGAAUGAUUUUGAGGGGUUGAUGGGUUGAUGUGAGGUGGCGCGGUGGUAGCUUUGA